CUAAGAAGAUUGCCUCUGCUAUUUGAUGAUGUCUCAAAAGUGGGUUAAGGGGUUUUAUGAAAUUUUGGCUCGAAUUGGCCUGACUUGUAAUUUGAUAAAGUUUCUCCAAGCUCAACUUUUUUCAGAAAAAUUUUCAUUCGAAGAUGACUGAUUAAAAUCAGUUUAACAGAAACAAGAGCUUUGGAAAGUCAACUUUUUAUAUCUGAUAUAAGUGGGAAUUCUCUUGAGCCAAUUCAACUUGGAUUAUUUUUGGAUAAAACGAAAAGCAUGGAUUCCCUUCAUUCACCAGUCAAGCAUUUCUUUUGAACGUGCCACCAAACAGUCCACUCUAGUUAAGACUAAUCAGCCAAACCAAAACAUGGGUCUCAAGGCCUGACAAUGACAAUAUUCACCGACCGAACCGUAGGAUUUUUUUGUUUGUUUUCACUUUAUCUAUUUUUGGUGUUCGGAUUUUUGAUCUUUAGAAAAUGAUUCUGGCUUAAAAUUAGACCAUAAUAAGGAUUGAGCACGAAAAUUAUGAGGCAACAAAGCUACCUUUAAAAACAAAAGCCUCAAAAAUUUCCCCAGGCUUUGGCCAAGUUUGGAAGGCUACGCCAAGGAUUGCCUAGCAAUUUUUUCACACCACGUGUUUUUUCAUGCCUCAGAUACAAAGAAAAUUAGCAGAAGAAAGGAAACCAUCUCUCAGCAAGGACAAUGUCUCCAUUUUGCAUGUGAAAAUGGUCUACCCCUUUUGGUUGCAUAGAUUACAGUGAGCUCUCAGUCUCAGAUAUCCCUUUGAUAAUGAAAAAGAGAGAAACAAAUAUGCAAAAGGAAAAUAAAGAAACAAAAGAAGACAGAGAAAAAAUGUGAUCCUUCACAACCGCCCCAUAUCAUUCAACCCCACCACGUCUGUAUCUCAGACUUCUCAUGAGUAGCCAAAGCCAACAUUAAUUAAAAAGAAAGAAACCAGAACAAAAGAGAAAAAGAAAAGGUAAAGGAACCCAAUCCUCCGUCCCUUGCAACUCACUCACUCUUAUCUCUCUGUGUUUCUCUCUCUCUCUCUCACUCUCUCUCUCUCUCUCUCAAGAGCUUAGGAAAGGGGAAGCUAAAGUUCCACCCCACCAACCUCCAUUUCUUCAACCCGAAGCCUCUUAUCCAAUAAUUAACAUCCAUGUGCCGGUAGUACUCAAUUACAGGAAAGGAAGAGUAAAAGAAGAUGAGAUAAAAAGGAGGAAAGAGAUGGAUUUGAGUAAUAGAAGAGCUGGAGCUAAUAGCAGUGUUGUUGCAGGGUCAGUGUGGGAAACUAGAAUGAAGAGUGAUGAAGUCAAAGGCGGAAUUAAAGUUUUCAAUGGAGAAGAAAACAGUAAUGCUGAAGAAAAUAGUGAUGGUGGUAAUAAAAAAUUGAGCUUGAAGAAAGGCCAAACUAUUGGCGGUGUGGCUGUUAAUAGCAAGAGAAAGACUUGGAAAGGUGAAAGCAUUGAAGGGUUUGAGAAGAACCCAAUUCAGAUUGCCUCAGGCAAAACUGAGGAGCAGUGCAAGGAGUUGAGUGCGAAUGUUGAUGGAAUUAAGAAAAGCCCAAUUCGGAUAGCAAAAGGAAGAUUCAUGGAACAUUGCAAAGACUUGAGCUUGUCUGUUGAUGGAAUUAAGAAGGCUCCAAUUCAGGUUAAGAAAGGAAGAUCUGAAGGAACUAAGGAGCUAAGUAAGUCUGUUGAUGGAAUUGAAAGAAGCCCAAUUCAUUUGAAGAAGCCAAGAUCUGAAGUUCCUAAAAGGUCUGCUAAGCUGAGUAAAGAUGUUGUUGAAUCUGGUGAGAGAAUAGAGGGGAAUUCAGCUCAAUUAAGGAAGGCAAAAUCAGAUUCAGUUAAGGCCUCGGAUCAGUCUGAUAGUGGAAACAGGAAUGAAGGGAAUUCACUUCAAUUGAGGAGGUCGAAAUCGGAGGAGAAUAAAGUUCUGGUUUUGGAUGAUCAAAAAAAUGGUAAUAAUGUUUCCAUUGAAGAAAAUGAGAAGAACCCAGUUGAAACAGAGAAGAAUGGAUCUGAGUCUGCGGAGAACUGUAAAGAGUUUGGUGUGUGCCAAGACAAGGUCAUUUCAAGCAGUACAAGCAAUGGAAAUAUAGUGAAAUCAUCUCCUGAAUUAUUAAUUGAUGAUGAUGAUGAUGAUGAUAAUGAUGGUGAAAAUGUUGAAGAUGAUGAACAAAUUUAUGAAGAAGAGGAAGAAGAGGAGGAGGAAAUUGAGGUUGGUUAUGAAAAGAAGAGCUUUGACAUUAAGGAAAUGAAUGUACCAGAGGAGAAGCCUAACAAAGUUGCUAAUGAAGUGAAGAAAUUGGCAGAAGAAAAGCCCAACAAAGCUGUCAAUGAAGUGAAGAAGUUACAAGAAGAUAAACCUAGCAAUGUUGUUAAUGAAGUGAAGAAAAUUAGCCAAUUCCAUAACAAAACUGCAUCAUUUUCUUCAACUGUGAAUAAGCAGCCUCCACCAGUUGUAAAGCGUGCUACUUCAGUUUACACAACUGCUACAAAACCUACUUGUUCCUCAGAUGAUUACCAUUACAAGAGUUUCCCGCAAACUCAGAACAAAUUGCAGAAUUUAGUUGAUUUAGUCAUGUGGAGAGACGUAUCGAAAUCCGCAUUGGUCUUUGGGAUGGGCACAUUCAUCAUCAUCUCAUCCUCUUACACCCAGGACCUCAACAUCAGCUGUAUUUCUGUAAUUUCCUAUCUGGGUCUUGUUUACCUUGCUGCCAUCUUUCUUUACAAAUCAAUCAUCUGCAGGGGAGUUGUGGAUAUAGAUGAGUCGAGCUGUGUGCUUGGAGAAGAAGAAGCCGUUUGGAUACUUAAAUUGGUGCUUCCUUACUUGAACGAGUUCCUAUUAAAGCUCAGAGCACUUUUUUCCGGUGAUCCUGCUACCACAAUGAAGUUGGCAGUGCUGCUGUUUGUUUUGGCCAGGUGUGGCAGCUCCAUAACAAUCUGGAAAAUGGCUAAAUUGGGCUUUUUUGGCGUUUUCACCGUCCCAAAAGUCUGCUCUUCUUAUUCCCACCAAUUAACUGCAUACGGAAAAUUUUGGAUUCGACGCUUCGGUGAUGCAUGGGAUUCAUGCACACAUAAAAAAGCUGUGGCAAUGGCAAUCUUCACCCUGGUUUGGAACCUAUCUUCGAUUGUUGCUCGCGUUUGGGCUGCCUUCAUGCUUUUUGUGGCCCUCCGAUAUUAUCAGCAAAAAAUGGUGACAGAUGAUUGGGUGGAUGAUGAAGCUGAGCCCGGAAGUGGAGAAACAUGGCAAGGACCCAUGGAAAGACAAAGACAUGGGCUUGGGUCAUCUAGUGUUGAACCAAAUAAAGUGAAGAAAGGGUCCUAAGAUUUGGUCCAUGCCUACAUUGGCUGUCACAUGACUUGUUCUUCCAAGUUGUUGAUUUGGUUUUUUUCUUUUUUUUUUUAAGAUAUAGUUUUAUAGUAGUAAUUCAUUAUAUAUGCAUGUUUGGUUUAUGUUACUUUACGUUACUAGCAUGCUAAUAAACGAGUGAUAUUCGAUGUUGAUUAAAAUAUUGGAAAAGAAAAUGGAAAGUUAUCAGGUUGUUUUUUUCUUUCACUCUAUAAUAUGCUAUAUCAGUAUAUAAAUCCGCUUCCUCAACAUAAACUUUUAGCAGAAAAAAUCAAAAUUGUUAGAAAUAAAUAAGCAUGCCAAAU